AUGGGACUCACAGUUACUCGAUCAGAUGAAACGGACUAUUGUGGUAGCCCUUCAACUUCUCCACUUCUUAAAUUACAGGAACUUGUAUGCACGUAUCUCACCGGCCUCAGUAUGUAUGAGACAAAGCAUGAAUGCCAACUGCAAGACCUCGCUCUUUAUGACCUGGAGAAUAACCUUGAAACGAAGGUUCCGGAAUGUCAUCCACUAUUGAGCGGCGUCUUCACGGCUGAGGACGGAAGUGAAGUUCAGAAUCUGUUACAAUUGACCUCAAACUCAGAAAUGAUCUGGAAAUUGAUGCAAUGCCAACCAAAACAGUAUGGCUGCAAUUUGGAAGACAAACUUAUUGAAGCGAACAAAAAAGGAUUGACUAUACUCUGCCUUUUCAGUAAGAAGUUCCCAAAAAUUACCUAA